AUGGAGCGUAUAGAAAUGGCCGACCAUCCAUUGUCAGAGCCGCCGAAGGAGUCACUGAAGCGAACUUGCAGACGCUCCUCUAUCUUCGUCCAUCAGGCUCCGCUCGCAAAUAACCUGGGCCAACUUGGCACCGCCAAAUUGGCCGGAGGACAGAGGCAUACCAACCAAGUAGACAUCGCAACCCAGCCUCUCCGGUGUGACAGGCUUCUGCUGUCCACCUCUUCGGUUCACUGUCCAACCUUCCUUCUCCAGCUGACAUUAUCCAAUCCAAAUCUCUGA